CCCCACCCGUUUCAAGCCGGGUGGUUGCCUAGUCCUUACUUGUCCGCGUAUCUGAUGAUAAAAGAUUUGCUCUGGAAAAGUAACGGUUUCUAAUGAGAUUUUAUGCAUUACCACGCGGUCGGGUCAUCUCUUACACAACUCACUGAUUGUGUUCCUCCACGGUAUAUGAAGCUUUUGCACAUCCCAGUUCUUGGUCGAGCGACAGGACGGUUGAGGAUGAACAGAGCGCGGAUAGAGACAUUAUUCGCCAAUUCUGGGUGCUAAUAGUAAUUUUCGUGCGCACUUUGGUUAUGAAACAGAUGGAACUUGGAUCAUUCUGAGGCAAAAUAAAAAACAAAUUGAAAACAAUAAUAUUUGCAGUCAGAAUGCCCAAAGAAAAAGGGGACAUGACGGAAUACCAACCGCUGCUCAAAGACUUUAAAGAUAUCGACCGGCCCAGUCGGUUCCCCAACAAGUCGCUUCUCCUGGCUGUCUGUGCUGCAUGCAUUGGAGGAACUUUUCAGUAUGGCUACAAUGUGUCCAUCAUCAAUGCUCCCACCCAGUCCGUGCAGAACUUCAUCAACCAAACCUGGAUCUAUCGAUAUGACGCUCAGAUCACAGAGGAACUGCUCACCUUGCUUUGGUCCACAAUCGUGUCCAUCUUCACCAUUGGCGGGCUUGUUGGAUCUUUAGUUGGAGGAACGCUGGCUAUGAGGUUUGGGAGAAAAGGGGCACUGCUAUUAAACAACACAUUUGCUCUGCUGGCUGCCCUGAUGAUGGGCAUUAGCCAUCUGACCGGCUACUAUGAGCUGCUGGUCAUUGGGAGGUUUUUGUCCGGUGUAAAUGCAGGUGUGGGUAUGUGUGUUCAGCCACUCUACCUGGGGGAAAUCGCCCCCAGGGCACUGCGUGGGGGGAUGUCCAUGGGAACGUCCAUCUUCCUCACCGGCGGACUCUUGAUAGGACAGGUGAUUGGGCUGCACGAGCUGCUCGGCAAAGCGGAGCACUGGCCCAUCCUGCUGUCCACCACCUGCAUCCCCGCCGUCCUGCAGCUCCUCAUUCUGCCCUGGUUCCCCGAGAGCCCGCGGUUCCUGCUCCUGGACAGGGGGGACGAGGCGGCGUGCACCAAGGCUCUGAAACAGCUGCACGGUGGGGACGGCUACCGCAGGGAGAUGGAGGACAUGGAGAAGGAGAGGAUCAGCUCCCUGGGGGUCAAGGCCAAGAAGCCCUGGGAGGUUUUCAGCGACCGCAGCAUCCGCUGGCAGCUCAUUACCGUGAUUCUCAUCAACAGCGCCCAGCAGCUGAACGGCAUCAACGCCAUUUACUUCUAUGCCAGCUACAUCUUUAGGCAAGCGGGGAUCCCGGAAGAUAAGAUUCUCUACGUUACAGUGGGAACGGGAGCUUGUGAAUGUCUUACCGCCCUCACAUGCGGCAUGCUAAUCGAUUCUCUCGGACGAAGAGCACUGAUCAUCGGGGGAUACACUCUCAUGGCAGUCUGGUGCAUUUGUGUCACGAUAACUGUCACCUUACAGGAACUGAGUCCAUGGGUUCCAUAUAUCAGCAUGGCCUGUGUGUUUGCCUUCAUUUUGAGCUUUGGCCUGGGACCAGGUGGAGUGACCAACAUCCUGACCAUAGAGCUGUUCACGCAGGCGACACGGCCCGCCGCCUUCAUGAUAGGAGGAUCGGUCAACUGGCUGAGCUUCUUCUUCAUCGGCAUGGUGUUCCCGUUCAUUGUGAAUGGGCUGCAGCAGUACUGCUUCCUCGUCUUCCUGGCCAUCUGCAGCCUGGUGGUGAUAUACAUAUUCUUCAUCGUCCCGGAGACGAAGAACAAAACCUUCCUGGAAAUCCAAGAGGAGUUCCUGUCCAGGGACUUGAUCAAGAAGCGCAAGUCUGAGGGCAGCAACGGCCACGGGGUGAACUUGCUGUCGAUGCCUCUGUGAACGUCGCGUGUGUCUGUUCCUUCGUGUUACGCUUUAUUUGGCUACGUGCCAUCUUACUGCACAGAACAAGGUUAUAUUUUGUGGCUGCAUCACGAUAGCAGGCAGGGGACCCACCAGGGAUUUUGGGCCCCCGUGAAAAGAUUUCAUGUUGGGCCCCACCACCUCAGGCCACUCCAUCCCUGCACCAUCACAGGCACAAUUUUUUGAGGGCCCCUGUCAGUCUCGACCCUUGUAAUGAUCCUAAGCUGCCCACUCCCCUCCCUCGAUAUGGCGCACCCAAUUAGUGGGAACCUAAGGUAUAACAAAAAGACAACAUGAAAUUUACAAAGGUUGACUAGCUAUGUCUGGUUUGGGUUUUGUUGUUGAACUGAAAACUCAUCUCUUCAAGCAAUACUUUAAGUUACUAGAAGAUAUUACAGAAGUUUAAUUGUUAAACUGAAAUACUUAACGGUUCUUAAGCCAGAGCACCUGACAUAGUCCAUCCUAACCUACACACUGAUCGCUUGCCCACUAUAUACUUACACUUGGGCCCUAGUGUCAUGAUACUAUGAUGCACUACUACCGCUUGCUUUGUAUUAGUUGGAUGUAGACUUCACCUUUUUCUUUGUACUAAGUAUAGAUGUAUGUUCUGUGGUCUACUCUGGACUAUCAAUGCACUUAUUGUUUUUAUGGCACUUGGAGGUUAAUUGACCCUGCCAGUGUUGAAUGUUCACUCCUGAUAUUGUACUACUUUGUUUGUCGCUCUGGAUAAGAGCAUCUGCUAAAUGCUAAAUUGUAAACUGUAAUUGAAAAUUGGUGUUGGGCGGAUAAAUUGGAAUCAACUUGAUGACCGUGUAGCAUCAAUAGUAAUAUCAAGGCAUGAACUCAUGAGUAGCCUACUGGUGUCUAGAACAACUGUAAUUUAUUAUUUAAUUGCUAUGACUGGUGAAAUGUGAAAAGAUGUCCUCCACGUACUUGUUGUGUACCAGGCUUCAGUUAUUUAACAUACAAAUUAUAACAGAAUAGAAGGGGAACCUUCACAUAAGUAAUAUUUACUAGGCAAUAGUAUAACACUUAAAAAAAAUUUUUUUUCCUUUUUUAUUAUUUCAAUUUGAAUUUUUUUGUGACCACGUGCAUUACAAAAUAAUCUGCCUUAAUAGGUACUGUAUACAGAAUAAUCAGUACAUUUUUAAAGGGAGAAGUAUUCUGUGGAAAAUGGCAAUAAAGAUGAAUAUCAUAAUAUCA